UACCGGUUUUCCACCCUGCUAUUAUCAAUUAAGAGUCAGACCUCUACGUUUUCUCAUAUAAUACACCAGAAAUUUUUGCAUUCAAGAUUUUGUUAAUAAUUUGAAUAAUUUCAGACCGGAAGAAUAUAUGUAUCAGUAUGCUUUUAGGAGCAGCUAGCAUGUCAGGCAACAAGGGAAAAUCUCUCGCGUUAUACAACAACGCAUACUCACUUCACUUGGCUGAAAGUUCUUCAACGAAUUCUUCUGCAGAAGAAGGUUAUAGGAAUAAGGAGAUUGUGCAGGCCGAACAAGUUAAACUACUUGAUAAGAGAUUGAGAAUUCUUGAAGAUGAAACAGAAUUACUCAAGGUAGCUUUCUAUGAGGGUGUGGAAGAAAGAAGAAAGUUAGUACAUGCAAUUCAAAACGAAUUUCAGGCUGUAAACCAUUUUCGAUGCCUUGAGGAACAUACCUUCGGAUACACAAAGCGUCAACGACAUGGACUCCCGCAAAUUCUAGGUGAAGACUCAAAUCCAGCAGUUGUCUUCAGAGAACUGAGAGCUUCUGAGGCUGUUUUCCAGGAUGCUACUGUAUGUGUAUGGGACUUCUCAGACAGAUGAUUCUACCUCUCUUUGAAGAUUUGGCGAUCAUAAUUUAAAGUAGAUUUUUACUUUGUUAUGGUCAGCAAUUUCCCCUACGUGUAGCACUGAUUCUUUUUCAGGUACCAAACGCGUGGAAAUAUUUUUCUUUGCUUCUUUGGUGGCUGUGAGAUUUGAACCUAUGAUUUCUUAUCUGCUAUGAUAUCAUGUUGAAUCAUGUGACCAUCUAGUUUUACAGCUUAAUGUCACGUCCUUAGUAAUUAACUAAGUACACGUGCGGCACUUGACA